UGCAGGAGGUCAUGGAUUGACUUCCAUUGAUGACCGUGGAGGAAGUCAACCUUUAUAUAGUGUUUCCUUAGGUUGACUUCCGUUUGCACCUGGGAGCAGUUGACCAAAUUAUAGGUCCAUAUGGGCCCAGGUGCAGGUCCUGACCAAUAUGGGUUCCGGUACACCUUCAUAUUUGAUCAAUAUGGGCCCAGACAAGUGUCUAGUGAAACCAACGUGGUGGUGGACAGAUGUACGGAAAGGGGGGUUGAGGGAUCAUCGCGGUCUAAUCGGGAUGUUGAUGUAUCCGAGUCAUUUGACCAUCCACUCAUUAAAGCUCACCUGAAAGAUGGGUACAUUGAGAAGUGUGAGGAACGGUACGAGUAUAGCGCGGCGAACGAGAUUCAUGAGAGAGAACAACGUUUGCAUGAACCUCGGCCUAAACUGCGGUAUGGUGUUGAAGGUAAGCUUCCCAUUGAUUUUGCGUUGAAGAGGGUAUGUGGCCGCUACCUCACAGACAAUGAAGGCCUUCGAUGGACUCAGGAUGAGCUGCUAAAAAUGUUGAAGAAGAAGGAGGAGGAAGUGAAUGCAUUGAAGAAUGCAUUUAUGAAAGUUGAGUUGAAUGCACGGGCAGUGGUUGAAAGUUUCGUUGAAGCGAAACGAAGUGAAGAGGUAAGAGAUUCCUCUGUGUCCGGUGGUAGGUUUGUGAAGAAGGAGGCGGAUGCUGCUGAGGAGAUUAACAGAGAGUUUAAACGUUUAAUUCAAUCGUCCAUUAGAAACGAUUUGUUAGACGAAGUUUGUGAGCUUAGUACUAGAGUUCACCCACACCUGUUGCAGAAGUGUGAGGAUUUGCGUCGGCGAUUAGGAGAAGCGGAGAGUGGGAUAAGAAAAAUAUUGUUGGUAGGUGCUUUACCAUCGAUUGAUCCUUCUUUAGCCUUGGACCUGUUUGAGAUUCCAUCAAGUGCAACUUCGGAAGACCUUCCAAAAAUGCGUUUGAUUGCUAUAUUAGAGUCAUUGCAAAAUGUUGGUUCGGAGCUGGCACACAGGAAUGCACUUUUAGAGGUGCAAAAUGCGAUGAAGUUUCCGGUAAGUGACAGUCAGUUGAGGGGAACAGUGAUCAUGCUUGGACAUUUGUACAAGCAGACACGGGAAGAGUUGAUGGAUUUAGUGUUCAGGGAUACUAUUCCUGAUCGAUGUGAUGAGGGAUUCACGAAUGGCACGGUGCCACGUUACAGAGAACAAUUGUACACUUUGAGAAUUUUGUUGGCGAAUGUCAUUGAUGCCCAUUCGUCAAUGCAAUUUAUGAAGGAGAUCGAGCAUAUGAAAAGGGAAUUGAAUGCUCUGGCGAGCAUAAAUAAGGGACAUGAGACAAAAUUGCAUGAGGUGGUGCUUGCGUUGAUUGAAGCACUGAGCGACUCCCGAAUGCGGUAUAAGUACGACACUCGUGCUAAGAGGAAAGCAAUGACAACCAGCAAUACCACUCAAUAUGAUACGAAUGUUACAUCAAAAGCUGAAACCGAAUAUUCGGAGAGGUCGAAAAAGAGUGGAAAUGAUAAGAGGUCGGUGAAUCUUGGAAGUGAGCGUUCUCGGGACGAUCGUGGUCCUCUUGCUGAAGUUGAACAUCGAUGUUCGCAAGGCAAUACCCUUGAUGAUGCUGAGAAGAUGGUUGUGGAGGAGGGUGGUGACAAUUGUCGUACUGAUGGGGAUGGCUUGCGUAGAGGUCUGUCGGGUGGGCCUAAUAACCUUACAUUUCUUGGUGACGAGGAUGAUGACACUACAGGCCACGUCAGCAGACUACAUCAGCAGGCCAUGUCAGCAGGACACGUCAGCAGGCCAUGUCAGCAGGACACGUCAGCAGGCCAUGUCAGCAGGACACGUCAGCAGGCCAUGUCAGCAGGCCACGUCAGCAGGCCAUGUCAGCCGACAGCAGCGCCACGUCAGCAGCAGGGAAUACCACGUCAGCAGGCCCGGGUCUGGUCUAUGCUGUUGCGUUCACAUGCAGUCGUUAUGGACCAGAGGUCCGGAGAAGCAGACGAGGCCUAUCACGCCCGGAUGCUGGCCUGGAGUACCGAAACAAAGAGACGGGCAGAUGACGCAGCAACAGCAUCGAAGAAGAAGGCAGAGGACGCCGAGCAGGCACGUCUGCUGGCAAUUGAACAACAGCGCCAGCAUGACGAGGCAGCAGCAAAGGCUGCCGAUGAAGAAAGAAUCCAACGUCGUGAGAAGAUAUUUAACGGAGGGCAGACCUUGCUCACAAUGGCAACGGAAUGGCGGGCCGAGGCCGAGAAUGGCAAGAUGGAGGAUAGCGAAAAUAAGAUCGCUCUACUCCUCUCCCAUCUCACGGACCUCCUGGCAACAUGCAUUACACAGCAGGAGGACAUCCACAGCCUCGACAACUCGCUAGCUCAAGUCCACGGCCGCCUCUGGCAGCUGGAGCAGCGACCUGUUGCCGCCCCCGAUGCCAGCUUUUCCAACACCUCCGAUCGCCUCGAAGCAUUGGAGAUGGACGUCGGCUCCCUCAAGGACAGUGUGCAGUUACAGCAGACCGCAACGCAACAGUUGGAGCAGCGGAUCUGUACUACCGCCAACAACUCGAGUUUGAAGACAAAUCCGAUUCCAUGGUUCCGCAAGUUCGAGCUCACGCUGCAGCUACACAACAUCAAAGAACACAAGCACCAUGAGUACUUAUACUCCCGCUCAGGGGGCGCGUGCCAGGCAUGGUUGGACGAUCUCUUGUCCAAGUACGGAGUGGUAGCUGCCGACUUGCACACCAAGAUCAGUUGGGAUGAUCUGAAGGCGGCGUGGCACAAGCAGUUACAAGUAGAGUCGUCGGAGAUCAAAGCAAUGGACAAGCUAAUGGUCUUCGAGCAAGGCACGCUGCCGAGUGUCGACUGGAUUGCCGAGUACCAACGCUUGACAUCAGUCCCAGACAUCCAAAUGGGCUUCAAAGCCAUCCGCCACUAUUUCAUCUUAAGGUCCUGUUCGACAUUAAGGAAUGCCCUGACUCACGUCGAGGACACCUUGACGACAACGGCGGAACUCUUUGACAAGGCCGCGCAUAUUAUCAUCACGAACAAGGAGGCUAAGAACCUGCGUUCGUCUGCGCCAGGCCCGAGCAGGGACCAGCAUCGGCCAAGAGUGGCCGUGGUCGCGGCGGCGACGCUGUUUGACCAAACUAACGAGGCCUUGCUGGACAAGUUCGCCGACAUCUUCGAGUCACCUACCGGUGUGGUGCCGGAUCGGUCGAUCUCUCACGAGAUCAUUCUUGAGGUCGGUGUCGUGCUGCCGAAAGGUUGCAUCUAUCGGAUGAGCGAGGAGGAGCUUGAGGUCCUCCUCGCACAACUCGACAAUUUGUUGGCCAAGGGCUGGAUCCGCCCUAGUAGCUCCCCAUAUGGAGCACCAAUUCUCUUGGUCUGGAAGAAGAACAAGGAUCUACGAUUAUGUAUCAACUACCGCAAGAUCAACGCGCAAACCGUCAAGAAUGUGGGGCCUCUUCCUCGCAUCGACGAUUUUCUUGAGCGAUUGGGCGGCGCAAAGUAUUUUUCUAAGUUGGAUUUGAAAUCGGGAUAUCAUCAAAUCUCGAUCCGGCCGAAUGAUCGCUACAAAUCCGCGUUCAAGACGCGGUACGGACAUUUUGAGUGGGUGGUCAUACCUUUUGGCCUCACCAACGCCCCGACAACCUUUCAAGCGGCAAUGACCAAUGAGUUUCGUGCAAUGUUGGACCGGUUUGUGCUGGUCUACUUAGACSAUAUUCUCGUCUAUAGCCGGACAUUGGAGGAUCAUCUUGGGCAUCUUCGACAAGUGUUGGAGACGCUCCGCCGCGCCAAGUACAAGGCCAACCGCGACAAGUGCGAAUUUGUCCGGCAAGAGCUGGAAUACUUGGGCCAUUUUGUCACACCAGAGGGCAUCAGUCCGCUAUCAGACAAGAUUCAAGCCAUCCAAGAGUGGCUGGAGCCUCGGAACGUCAUGAAUGUUCGUUCGUUCCUUGGCCUCUCCGGCUACUACCAGUGUUUUAUCAAAGGCUACUCGAAGAUCGCGGCCCACUUGACCAAGCUUCAAUGCGAGGAUCGACCGUUUGACUUCGGAGAGGAGGCGCGAGAAUCAUUUUUGGCUCUCAAAGCCGCGCUAUUAUCUGCGGAGGUCUUGCGCAUAUACGACCCGCUUUUGCCUACACGCGUCACUACGGAUGCGUCCGGCUAUGGCAUUGGCGCCGUCCUCGAGCAACACGAUGGCGUGGACUGGCACCCGGUCGAGUAUUUCAGCAAGAAAGUGCUCGUCGUGCACUCUAUUGACGAUGCACACAAGAAGGAGCUCCUCGCCUUCGUCCACGCGCUCAAGCCGUGGCGGCAUUUCCUCCUUGGUCGAAGCCAACUCCGAUGGGUAACGGGCAACAAUCCGUUGGUCUUCUAUAAGACCCAAGACACCGUCAACAGCACCAUCGCUCGAUGGAUGACUUUCAUUGACCAGUUCAACUUCUUUCUCGAUCACAUUCCCGGGAAGUCGAACCGUUUUGCGGAUGCUCUUUCACGACGUCCGGAUCAUUGUACCGCGGUCUACUCAACCUUCGAGAUCAACGAUGACCUGCGGAACAGUUUCAUCUGCGGCUACCAAGCCGACCCCGAGUUUCGGGACAAGUACGCGAAUUGCUCCUCUCCUAAUCCGGCGCCUUCUCACUACCGGAUCCAAGAGGGGUACUUGCUUGUCCACACACGGGGGAAGGACCUUCUUUGCGUACCGAGUGAUCCUCACUUGCGUACACGGCUUCUUGGCGAUUUCCACGAUGCUCCCGCCACCGAACGCUUUGGAGUCAAUCGCACGAUUGGCCGACUUCGCGAGCGAUUUUGGUGGCCCGGCCUUCUCGGCGACGUCACACGCUACUGCGAGUCAUGCGAGGUUUGCCUACGCUGCAAAUCCCGCAACCACCAUCCGUACGGCGAGUUAUGACCAUUAUCGGUCCCUUUGAGGCGAAGGGAAGUGAUUGCCAUGGACAUUACCGGCCCGUUCCCCAAGCACAAGACC